AUAUAUAUUCUUUUUAUUUCCCCCAGAGAUGGCGAGCUACCUCAAGUUGACACUGCUGGCAGUGGCGCUCUCGUCGGUGGUGACGUCACAGCCCUUCAGCCAAUCAGAGGCCUCCAGACACAGCGGAUUUCAGUGGAAUUCGCGAAAACUCGGCAGCCGAAAAGUUGCAACUAUAUCAAUAAGGAAAGACGAGGAGAGGGACCGGCGCAGCAUCCCUCUGGCAGGCGACGACGACACUAUCAGCACGACCCUUCCACGACACCAGCGGGCGUCGUCCUCGGCGGGGCAUCAGAGCCGACGACGUCACACCCACCGGCACCACCACGGCGCCGACGAAGGUGUCUGGCUCGCAGACGAAGGCCUGGAAGGAGGCAACCACGAUGUCGGCAGGGGGCUGUCUCCUAGUUAUCUCCCAGAGUCAGGUCUCCAGGAGACGAGACUGGAGAGACUGGGUCUGAACGACGAGCGUCACGCCCACGGGGGCGAUGUACGUCACGCCCACGGGGGCGAUGUACGUCACGCCCACGACGGCGAUAUACGUCACGCCCACGAGGGUGACAUGGGACAUUUUCCACGCUUCCAGGAAAUCCUGGACUCUGCGGGGAUCCAUCUUGACCCAUCUCUCUUAAGGAACCUCACCUCCUUAAAUAGGUUAAAAAGGAACAGGAACGAGGGACAGAAGAGAGGCGGCGACAGGAAGAAACCCAAGAAACCCAAGAAGAAUAAAAAGCCGAACAAACAGAAGAGGGGAAACAAUAAGGGGUCGAAGGGCUGUCGUCGCCUGAAGGGCCGCAAGAAGAAGCAGUGUCGCUCGGCAUUCAAGAGAUGCAAGACCCUGAGGGGAAAGGAGAAGAAGGCGUGUCAGGCCGAGGCCUCGCGAGCCUUCCUCGACGACUCUGGCUCCAACGACACCGUCCCUGAAGACGACAUGUUCAGCUUCAUCAAGAAUAUUACUGAAAUGAGUGGCAGCGACGCCUGCCAGUACCACCACCUGGAGCUGUGUUGCCGGAAAGUGGGUCUUCCUUCACGUAACCCGAAGAGCCUCAAACCUGUCGUCAAGUGUCGCUUCCGAGAGGACUUUCUGAAGUGCAUGGAGGAGCAGCGAGAGGGGACGUGCGACCCCAACUUCCAGACCCGUGGUGACCUGGCCGCCCUCAGGAACAAGAUAAGCGAGGUCAUCUGGACUACCACCAGCUGCCUCAUCUCAGAGGUGGUUGAGGGCUAAGGAGGCCAAUCACGAGGUCAGCUAAAGGACAAGUGAUUAGCCCAGAGGUUCGCCGGGCAGCAGCAGGUGGCAGCAAUUAAGGUCAUUCAGAUGCAAUUGGCUCCUACGACCUUAUCCUUAUGGCUAUAAUGUUGAUAUCAUCUGCUAUCAAGGUGCCAUAAGGUCGUCUAAACGCACGAUAAGACUGAUAUCGAGGCCUGAUAGGACUGAUACCAAGGCAUGAUAUCAAAGCUAUACUCAAGGCGAGAGUUUUGAUCAGCGUGGCUCUGAUUUGUGAGUGAAAGACCUCUCACUAGAUACUUGAAUGGUGUCAAGACGGCAGAGUGCAGGAUGACCACUCUAGGGGGGUCUUUCUGCUUACAGUUCUGCUCAAGCGAGGCCUUCCUGGGCACCCUAGUGUUGGCACUGGUGCCAUGCUAGUCGAGGGACACUGGCACUCUGCCUGUUCUCAUCGGGGAACUGGCUCGUUUGCCUCCAACUCAAACGUAAGGUAUAACGAUAUGGUGUAUACUCAUUCACUUAAGUAUUCUGUGUCUGUGUAUUCUGUACACACACACACACACACACACACACACACACACACACACACACACACACACACACACACACACACACACACACACACACACACACACACAUACACACACAAUAAUAUGUAUAUAGCGCACAUGUCUGUGCCUCGUCAGUGUUGCCAACAUAUGGCCUUACUUUAAAACACAAAAUUUCCGGUGAAAAGAAACGGAUUUGUUUAUCAAGUGUUGCAAAUGUGUGGCGUGAGGAGAUCACUUUGCAUACGACCAUUUUCUUCAAACCUUCUGAGGGAAGGCAAGAAUACUGCCUCAUAAUAUAACACAGAUAUACUGUAUAUAGUUACUACUCAAGCUCUCUGUACAUAUUGGUUGGGACUUUCCUAAUAUGUAACCAAUACCUAUACUCAUGGGCUCCAGCUCAGCUCAGUAUCAAGAUGUUUUCUCUCUUGGUUACCCAAGAAAGAUCUUUAAAGAUAAAUCACUAUUAUCGUUGGAACUCGCACAAGUCAUAAGUUCGUCACAUAACACAUCUUGGAAGAAAUUGCAGUCUUUCAAUUCCAUUGUUACUUCAUUAUGCAUCAAAUUCUAUAUUUCAGCUUUCCAAGAAUAACAGCAUUUCAUUGCAACUGUCAAAUAUUUAAGAAAUUCGUUAAUAAUCGUUCUAAAAACCCAUGUGAUUCCCUAGAACUGUAAGUUAUAGGGAAUCACAUGUGCAAUUCAGGGGCUCCAUAAAGAUGUACACAUGACCCGUUCACAUGUGCAACUCCAGGGCUCUGUGGAGGUGUACACAAUCCACAUGUACAAUUCAGGGGGCUCCAUAAAGAUGUACACAUGACCCGUUCACAUGUGCAACUCCAGGGCUCUGUGGAGGUGUACACAAUCCACAUGUACAAUUCAGGGGGCUCCAAGUAAAGGCCAUCCACACAACACACACUGAUGUUCAGCUCUUCGCGUGUGCUCACUACAAAGGUAAUUUCAGUCUAACAACUCAUUAACAGAGCAUUAAAUGGUGAAUGAAAUCCACGCGUGUAAACAGUAUACCCUGGAAACACAAACCGAAACUGUCUCUAUUUUCCGCUUGUUACAACUUGUAAUAAAGUUGUUACAUUUUGGCUUAACGUGUUUAUGACGUAUUAGAACGUUGUUACAACUUGCUAUAUUGGUUGUUAUAACUGGUUAGGAGGUGUUAAAACUUGCUCGAACGUUGUACCAACGUCGUAGUUUCGGUGUGUGUUUGGCGGGAUAUUAUCGCCCCGUUAUUGUCGAUCAUAGCAUGAUAACGUCCCUUAUUCUCAACGAUUCAGAUUCUGUUCAAGUUGGAGAGAAUUCCACACCUCCCUAAUCAACAAGUUAAACAUAUAUUCUUUGAGUUUUGGAAAUGCUGGCGAACUUGAAUGUUUAAACUUUGCAUUUUAAUAGUACAUUCCAGAGAGAGAGAGAGAGAGAGAGAGAGAGAGAGAGAGAGAGACAGACAGACAGACAGACAGACAGACAGACAGAGAGACAGAGAGAGACAGAGAGAGAGAGAGAGAGAGACAGAGAGAGAGAGAGAGAGAGAGAGAGAGAGAGAGAGAGAGAGUAAGUAGACGAUAAAAUGUCCUUGUGAAUACUUGUAAAAUAUUCAACUGGAUCCGUAGUUACAUUGUAAAAUAUUAAAAUGACUUUUUUUAUUUACAAUGGCGUCAACAUAGCCAUGUUUAUUUAUGUAUAUGCAUUUAUGUAUAUAUUUAUAUAUGUAUGUGUAUGUAUGUAUGAAAGUGAGUGAUACUGCAGAAGAUUUGAUAUCUUCGUGCUUACGAAACGGAUAACAUCUCAUUUAUGUCUCUUCAUUCAUAUAAUUACUAAGUUAUUCAUUUUUUAUACACUUAAAGUUCAAAAGCAUAAAGUUUUCUCUUUUCCUAAAAGAACCUGAGUACUCAAGUGAACACGAACGGUGGUUUGUGCUUGACUUUAGUCAACAUGAACGUACGCUUUGAACAAUUAACAUGAGUCUGGUUAAUUUUGGCAAGCUGUUCAACAUGUUCAAUAGUAAGCCUUUGCACGUCAAGGUGAGUACAACUAGGUAGGUACGUGCUCACCCCUAGACUUGAUCGUUAUCAUACUGUGACCUCUGUCAUCAACCGUUAUCAUACUCUGACCCCUGUCAUCAACCGUUAUCAUACUCUGACCCCCUGUCAUCAACCGUUAUCAUACUCUGACCCCUGUCAUCAACCGUUAUCAUACUGUGACCCCCUGGCAUCAGCCGUUAUCAUACUCUGACCACCUGUCAUCAACCGUUAUCAUACUCUGACCACCUGUCAUCAACUGUUAUCAUACUCUGACUCUUAUCAUCAACUGUUACCAUACUCUGACCCCCUGGCAUCAACCGUUAUCAUACUCUGACCCCCUGGCAUCAAUCGUUAUCAUGCUCUGACCCUGUCAUCAACCGUCAUCAUACUCUGACCCCUGUCAUCAACCGUUAUCAUACUCUGACCCCUGUCAUCAACCGUUAUCAUACUGUGACCCCUUGUCAUCAACCGUUAUCAUACUAUGACCCUAUUAUCAACCCCGUUAUCAUACUAUGACCCUAUUAUCAACCCCGUUAUCAUACUAUGACCCUAUUAUCAACCCCGUUAUCAUACUAUGACCCUAUUAUCAACCCCGUUAUCAUACUAUGACCCUAUUAUCAAUCCCGUUAUCAUACUGUGACAUCAUCAACCCCCGUUAUCAUUCUGUGACACCACCACCAAUCCCGUUAUCAUACCAGUAGAACAAAUUGAUGCAUGUUAUCCAGAGUAGUUAUAAAUGGUAUUGCAUAACAGAUCGAUUGCAAGUGGUGUAGAUAUCCUUGCAAUCACGAUAUCGGUAAGACCAGGUGUCAUUUGGCCGAACAAGAACCUUAUUUAACAUUGUUAAAAAGAAGAAUUAUUUUGCUAAUAAAAAAAAUAUGGACAAUA